AUCUCAGCGGACACAGGAAAGCAGAAGUUGGGAAAUAGUUACUGAUUUUACAACAGCGAACCUAAAAGCUGCUUCAGAGUAAUAUUAACAGAACUACCGACAGCAGGAAACAGCAGGAUAAUGAGUGCUGCUGAGAGUCAGUCAUCACUGGAGGACAAACUGAAGGCCCUGCAGUGCCACUUCACCUGGGACAUCGACGUCAGCAGGUAUAAACUGUUAAGUCUUGAGGAGAAGCUGGAGGACAUCGGCACAGAGGAGGGAAACAGCUGGCUGGGUCACAUUUACAACCUGCAGGGAUACAUUCACUACCAGCUGAAAUUGAAAAAAGACGCCCUAUGUUUCCUCGAAAAGGCCACAGAGGCCUUCCGCCAGUCGAGAAAGGUCUCAGAUGAAGGUCCCUGGUUGCUGGUGAACUACGGGAACCUGGCUUGGCUGCACCACAAGCUGGGAGAACAAGCUGAGAGUCAGACUUACCUGUCAAAGGUCGACACCCUGCUGAAAGAAUACCCAUCUCCAUCCCAGGAUGAGCUCCAUCCAGAGAUCUACGCUGAAAAAGCCUGGACCCUGAUGAAGUUCGGCAAAGACAAAAAGGUGCUGGUUGCAGAUUAUUUCCAGAGAGCCAUCAGGAUGCAGCCAGACAUGGUGGAGUGGCACACCAGCUAUGUGAUAGCGUUAGUGAAUAGGCACAGCAACAAACCACUGGAGGAAGAGAACCUUGAGAAAAUGAGAAUGGCCAAAGAACAGGAUCCAGAGAAUUUGUACCUUGCUGCUCUUGAGCUUGAGCAGCGUGCUAUAAAAAAGGAAAGAAUAGAAGAUGAAGCACGUGAGUUAGCCAGAAAGGUUUUGGAGAAUCCUGUCAGCAGCUACAGUGGUUUGAAAGCAUUAUUAUGGGUUUACAAAAACUAUGUAUCUGUUGAUGAAGCUAUUGAUUUGGCAGAGGAGGCUCUGGAGAAACAUCCAGAUGAACGUUUCCUGAAGAGGUGUGCUGCUCUCUGCUACAAAUGGAGGAUAGUUUUUCACAAUGACAAUCACAUAAAGCAAAACACAAUAGACAGAGCAAUCAGUCUCCACAAAGAAGUGAUUUCGCUUUAUCCACAUUCUGCAGUUCUGAUGAAAGUAAUCCUUGCUAAUGUAUACACAAAGUCAAAUCAGGGCCUUGCUGCAGCUGAGCAGAUUUACCAGGAACUGCUAAGAAUGAAUCUGAAACCUGAAGAAAGACAGAUGUUUUACAACAACUAUGCAAAAUAUUUAAAUUUUGAUAAAAAAGAUAGCCGCAGAUCAAUAAAAUAUCACAUGAAGGCGGCAGCGAUACCGCAACAAUCCUACUAUCAAGAGAACAGCAUCAAUGUUCUGAAGUGGAUUAGAGGAAGAAAGAGGGGCCGGAAUUGGAGAGAUAUAGAGAGGUUCCUGGCCGAGCUGGACCUCUAGAAAAUCCUAAAUCUUGUAGAAGAUCCAGGGACUCAUUACAUAAAAAUCUCUAUAUACUCAUCAUUUACGAUUUGAGACAGCAGGUCUAACAGGACUGAUU